AUGACAGAGAAUGAAAAUACAACUUACUUAACGGCUAACGAAACCAAGUAUUCAAAAACUAGGCGUGGUCAUAAAGAAACUAAAGAAGCUUAUAUUAAGAGGAUUUGUAAUGAGAAAAUAAUAGAUUUCAUCUGUUGGAAUAAGAUUAAUAAAAGAGAAUUCCUUGAAAUUGGAGGUUCUGGGGUUAUUAUAAAAGCGGGAUUGAUAGAAAAUAAUUUAACUGUUGUUUUGAAGACAGUAGCAAUUAGUGAAGAAACAAAUUCAGACAAUGAUGAGUUCAUUAAAGAGCAGAUUAAGGCUUUUCAUAAUAUUGGAUUAAUACUUUCAAGUAUAACGAAUGGAGAAAAUAAAGGAAAAAAAAAUCUCAUAGGAUAUGAAAAUGUAAUUAAAUUUUAUGGUGUAUCAAGCGACGAAAAUGCAAAUCUUUACCUGAUACUUGAGUGCGCAGAUCUUGGUAAUUUGCGAUCUUAUUUAAGUAAAAAUACCAUAAAUUGGGAGCAAAAAGUCAAUAUUGCAAGGCAGAUUACCUGUGGCCUAUAUUUUUUGCAUACGAAUGGAAUGUUACAUCGUGACUUACAUACUAAAAAUGUAGUUAUUCAAAAGAAUGCUGAUAGCGUUAAAGCCAUUAUUACAGAUUUUGGAGUUUCAAAAGUUCUUCCUCGUAAUAGUAAAUCAAAGCAAGAGUUAGCUGGAUGCGUACCAUUUGUAGACCCUAAGUUAUUAAAGGAUCCUAAUGAGGCACCUGAUAAAAGUUCUGAUAUAUAUAGUCUUGGCGUCGUUAUGUGGGAAAUCACAAGCAAUGGCCGGCCUCCGUUUGAUAAAUUGAAUCACGUUUCAAUUUCACUCGACAUAAUUGAUGGAACGCGGGAAAACAAAAUAAAUGGGACCACUAACUCCUAUAUUGAGCUUUAUACAAAUUGCUGGAAUGGGAAUCCUAAGUCACGACCAAAAAUUGAACGAGUAAAGGAAUUAAUACAUCAAGAAGAGAUAAUAUCAGGUGAAAAGUGUAUUUCUGAUACAGAUAUUGGUCAAAUACAAUACAAAUCUAAUAAAAUCAUUGACGGGCAACUUUCUAAGAAACUGUCUGAAAUACUCGAUCAGCUUUCUAUUGAAGACCUUGAGUUAUUGGCUGCUGAAGAUCCUAACGAUAUAGGUCGUUUAGUUCAAACUCAAGCUGCUACCGCUCAAAAAAAAAAAGUUGCCAAUUCAGAAGAAAAUGAACAUUUAUUGAAUUCCUCUCCUUUUGUACGACCUAGCUUACGUUCUUAG